AUGUUGUACUUGUGCUGGGGUCCAUUGAAGAAAGCUUUUAUGAAUGCUUGCAGGCCAAUCAUAGGAAUUGAUAAAUGCCAUUUGAAGGGGUCACAUGGUGGUAUUCUCUUGACUGUUGUUGGGAUAGAUGCAAACAAUUACAUAUUUCCAUUUGCCUAUAAAAUUGUUAAGAAAGAAAAGAAGAAAACAUGGUUGUGGUUUCUAGAGCUGCUAGGACAUGAUCUGAACAUUGUAAACUCUCAUUGUUAUACCUUCAUGAGUGAUAAACAAAAGGGUUUGAUUGAAGCAGUGGCUGAGUUGUUCCCAAAUGCUUCACACAAGUUUUGUGUGAGGCAUUUGUACAACAAUUUUAAGGGUGAACACAAGGGGUUGGUUCUAAAAGAUCUAUUGUGGAAGGCUAUAAGGGCAACAACUGUUCUUACAUUUACCAGAGUGAUGGCAAAGAUUAAAGAAGUUGAUUGUAAGGCAUAUGAUUUGUUAGUUGAAAGACCACCAAUUCAUUGGAGUAGGAGCCACUUCAACACUUUUCCAAAGUGUGACCUUUUGCUAAACAAUCUAUGUGAGUGCUUCAAUUCAAGCAUCUUGGAAGCUAGGAGUAAACUUGUGAUUCAAAAUCAUUUGGAGAAAAUGAAACUGGGCGCAGUUAGAUGGAUUCCUAGAUGGAAUGGCAAUAAGCAAUUUGAGGUUGUAGGGUCAUAUGGUGAGCAAUACAAGCUAGACUUGCAAGCUUGGACUUGUGGCUGCAGGAAGUGGGAUCUGUCAGGCAUUCCAUGUGCCAAUGUUGUGGUUGCUACAAAUUUCUUGGGACAAGAACCAGAAAAAUAUGUUCAUCAAUACUACAAGGUAGAGACUUAUCUGAAGAUCUAUGGCAAUAUGUUAAGUCCUAUUAAUGGUAGAGAAAUGUGGCUAAGAACUGAGUAUGCAAAGGUGCUGCUAUCUGAUGUGAAGAAGAGAGCUGAAAGGCCUAAACAAAAUAAAAGAAAGGAGAGUGAGGCACCAAUUCAAGGCACAAAGCUAGGAAGGCAGGGGCACUAA